AUGAUUCAAGAUUCAUUUACUAUGCGAAGAGAUGCAUUUGAAACACAUCCAGCUAUUCAAUCUGGUUUAGAUUUAAUUGAUACAAAUGGUCAACAUACAUAUAUGCUGGAAUUACUCUGUUUAUGUAUUCCUAAAAACGAAUUUAUUGAUUUUAAAUGUGAUGAAGAAUAUGAAGCAAACGAAGAUAAACAUAAAGAAAGUUGA